ACGAAACUGAAAAAUUCAGAAAAUGCCGUGUUUUUGGGCGGACACACAGUUGGGGGAGCAUAGGUGCGAGAAAUUAAUUUUGGAGCGAAACAGCUUUACGUGUGGUUUGUUGUUGCGUGAAGUGAGUGAAGAAACAAACUAGGUGUUGUCACUCAGAUCUGUUCCAUUCCCUCGCCAAUCCAAUUUGUGUUGUAGAUUCCAAAUUUUUGUUUCCACAUUUCGCGUGCCCUAGGCCUCGUCUCGCUCCGUAUGGCAGAUGAAGACGACGACGAGGUGCUCGGUUGCGCCACCGCCACCACCACCACCGCUUCUGGCCAAUCCGCCUCCACCAACAGUUUGCCACCUCCCGCCGACAACACACUCCUCAAAUUGAACCAUCUCGACUUACACGCUGAUGAUGCUGGAUCACAAGCCUCUCUUGCUGGCAAGAAGAAGAAGAGAGGCCAACGAGCAGUUGGACCUGAUAAGAGUGGGAGAGGUCUCCGACAAUUUAGCAUGAAAGUGUGUGAGAAGGUAGAAAACAGGGGUAGAACAACUUACAAUGAGGUUGCGGAUGAGCUUGUUGCUGAAUUUUCUGAUCCAAUCAAUAGUGAAUUAACCCCUGAUCAGCAACAAUAUGAUGAGAAAAACAUCCGUCGAAGAGUCUAUGAUGCUCUGAACGUUCUCAUGGCGAUGGACAUUAUUUCUAAGGAUAAAAAGGAAAUCCAAUGGAAGGGACUUCCUCGUACUAGUGUGAAUGAUAUUGAAGAAAUAAAGACAGAGCGUCUUGCGCUAAGGAAUAGAAUUGAAAAGAAAACAGCCUAUCUGCAGGAGCUUGAGGAGCAAUUCGUAGGUCUUCAGAACCUUAUUCAACGAAAUGAGCAGUUGUAUAGCUCAGGAAAUCCUCCCAGUGGAGGUGUAUCUUUGCCUUUUAUUCUGGUACAGACACGUCCUCAUGCAACUGUAGAAGUGGAAAUAUCAGAAGAUAUGCAGCUUGUUCAUUUUGAUUUCAAUAGUACACCUUUUGAGUUGCAUGACGACAAUUAUGUUCUCAAGGCAAUGAAAUUUUGUGAGAGACCACAGCAAGAUAAUAUGACGCACAAUUUUACCGCUGGAGGUGAAGGUUCUAGCAUGUCAGGCUUGUGCCAACCACAGACUCCUUCUACAAAUCUAAAAGUGUCAAAUAGGCCUCCAACCUCACCUCCUCUCCCUGGCAUAUUAAAGGCAAGGGUUAAGCAAGAGCAUUGAUCUGUAAGUUUAUCAUAUUAUGUUGUCUUAUGUAAGCAUGGUUGUAUAUUUUGUAGAGAAAUUGGCUUCAGUCGGUAGACCGUCAUAAUAGUUAUUCAGCAGUACAGCCAAAUCAUUCUGUAGGUUAGAAGCAGAUCGGUAUGUGUUCUUUAUUGUUAGCGGUAGACUUUGGCACCCUCUUUGCUCAUCAUCCAUCAUUGACUACCUUAACUUUUUUUUGUUUCCGACAUAUUUUCACUGUAAUUUUCCCGUCUCAUAAAUUGGUUUUGACAGUCCAUAGAUCAUGGAACGGAACCUAACAGCAUAGGAUUAAUUUUUUAAUUUUCUGUUUUAUAGUGUACAGGUUUCCUGCUUAUUUGGUAUCUGGACCAAUGCUAUUGUUUGUUUUGUAGCAUUUGCCUGGGCCCUCUUGCUAAUUCAAAAUAACUUUGAUGGAAA